GACGUCGUGGAUCACAUCUGCAAGCUCGCCAAGAAGGGCCUGACGCCAUCCCAGAUCGGAGUGACCCUGCGCGACAGCUUUGGGGUGCCGCAGGUGAGGUACGUCUCUGGGAACAAGAUCCUGCGGAUCCUCAAGCUGAACGGGAUGGCGCCGGAGCUGCCCGAGGACCUCUACUACCUCAUCAAGAAGGCCGUCGCGAUCCGCAAGCACCUGGACAAGAACCGCAAGGACAAGGACUCCAAGUUCCGCCUGAUCCUCGUGGAGAGCAGGAUCCACCGCCUGGCCAGGUACUACAAGCGCGUCAAGUCGCUCCCGGCCACCUGGAGGUACGUGUCCGCCACGGCGUCCACGCUGGUGGCGUGA